ACGCGGGAACUUCUUCGCAAAUUUUUUGAGGGGCAACCCUUAAGGACCCACAGCUGGUCUGGAGCUAAGAUCCAAGGACCAAGGUCUCUGAUUUUGGACAAGGUGCCUCCGGGGGAUAAACCACUUGAGUUAAGUGAUGCUCAUCGGGGCUGCAGCGGGAGGGCAUCCUCGCUCUGAGGCUUCUCCCAACGCGGCUGAAACUUUCAGGAGAUUUCCGGCCUGGUCAGACUCCACUGUCCUGGGUCUCUCUCUAAGGCCCCUCCCGUUAAACAGCACGUUCUAGGUGGCCGAGGACUUCCCCAUGCUUUCAUCACCUUGAAGCAGCUCCCCGUUUCUAAGUCCAGAUGCUCCAUGAGUUUAUACCUGACUCCUGGCCAGAUAACCCGUCUCACUUGCACCCUCCACUCUUCCUCCCUCCCACAGCUCACAGGACUAAGGACCAAAGAAAGGCAUUUCUGGGCACCGAGAUCUUCCAUCUCUGCCCCCAGCCAUGAGCCGGCGUGUGGUUCGGCAGAGCAAGUUCCGCCAUGUGUUUGGGCAGGCGGCAAAGGCUGACCAGGCCUACGAGGACAUCCGUGUGUCCAAGGUCACAUGGGACAGCUCCUUCUGUGCCGUCAACCCCAAAUUUCUGGCCAUUAUUGUGGAGGCUGGAGGUGGGGGUGCCUUCAUCGUCCUGUCUCUGGCCAAGACAGGGCGAGUGGAUAAGAACCACCCACUGGUCACUGGGCACACUGCUCCUGUGCUGGACAUUGACUGGUGCCCACACAAUGACAACGUCAUCGCCAGUGCCUCUGACGACACCACCAUCAUGGUGUGGCAGAUUCCAGAUUACACCCCUGUGCGCAACAUUACGGAACCCAUCAUCACACUGGAGGGUCACUCCAAGCGCGUGGGCAUCCUCUCCUGGCAUCCCACUGCCCGGAAUGUCCUGCUCAGUGCAGGUGGUGACAAUAUGAUCAUCAUCUGGAACGUGGGCACUGGGGAGGUGCUCCUGAGUCUGGACGACAUGCACCCGGACGUCAUCCACAGCGUGUGCUGGAACAGCAAUGGUAGCCUGCUAGCCACCACCUGCAAGGACAAGACCCUGCGCAUCAUCGACCCCCGCAAAGGCCAGGUGGUGGCGGAGAGGUUUGCGGCCCACGAGGGGAUGAGGCCCAUGCGGGCUGUCUUCACGCGCCAGGGUCAUAUCUUCACCACGGGCUUCACCCGCAUGAGCCAGCGAGAGCUGGGCCUGUGGGACCCGAACAACUUUGAGGAGCCCGUGGCACUCCAGGAGAUGGACACGAGCAAUGGGGUUUUAUUGCCCUUCUACGACCCUGACUCCAGCAUCGUCUACCUAUGCGGCAAGGGCGACAGCAGCAUUCGGUACUUUGAGAUAACCGAGGAGCCACCUUUCGUGCAUUACCUGAACACAUUCAGCAGCAAGGAGCCGCAGAGGGGCAUGGGCUUCAUGCCUAAGCGGGGGCUGGACGUCAGCAAGUGUGAGAUUGCCCGGUUCUACAAGUUGCACGAAAGGAAGUGUGAACCCAUCAUCAUGACCGUGCCCAGAAAGUCAGACCUGUUCCAGGACGACCUGUACCCAGAUACACCGGGUCCCGAACCGGCUCUUGAAGCGGACGAAUGGCUGGCAGGCCAGGACGCCGAGCCCGUGCUCAUCUCGCUGAGGGAGGGCUACGUGCCGCCCAAGCACCGCGAGCUCCGCGUCACCAAGCGCAACAUCCUGGACGCGCGCCCGCCCGCAGGGCCCCGCCGCAGCCAGUCGUCCAGCGAUGCCCCUUUGUCGCAGCACACCCUGGAGACGCUGCUGGAGGAGAUCAAGGGCCUCCGCGCGCAGGUGCAGGCCCAGGAGCAGCGCAUCACGGCCUUGGAGAACAUGCUCUGCGAGCUGGUGGACGGCACCGACUAGCUGCGCUUGGGGGGGUCCCGGAGGACUCAGCCGGGUGGGCGGGGCGCCAGGACUCAGCCCCGCCCUGGCUUUUGGUCCUGACCAGCCUCCCGGUAGGGGCCGGGCCGGGCCGUCCGGGACGGGGCGGGGAAGGCCCCCCUCGCGGGAGUAGUGGACAAGUGGAGCGUCGCUGAGACUCACGUCGGUCUGGCGCCCACCAGGCCAGGGGCCUCAUCCGGUUCUCAGCGGGGCUGGCCUUGGGAGGCCUGGGGUGACUGGGGCCUCAGCAACGCAGGGCAGGGGCGGUGCGUAAUAGCGAGGUGCUUGGGAAUAUCGAGGAGCUUAUGCCUCACUCGGAGGCAGUUAGAUGGGCUUCCCCAAAGAAGCGGGGGAAUCUUACAGCACUCCCUCCACAUCGGCUCACUUGAUCCCACCCCCCCAAGUGGUAAACCAGACGGUCGUCACCCCAGUUCUACAGACACCUACAACUCACUGGCGGCAGUCGGUGGCUGACCGACCGACCGGACCCGGCCGCCUGCGGAGAGGGCUCGCUUCCUUCUCUCAACCCGCAGGGGACAGGGCCGCCUCCACACAGCACCCCAGCAGGAGAACUAACCAGAGAACUGGCAUGAGGAAGAAGGUUCACACAUACCCCCACCCCCACCCCCUGACCCACACACUGCCCCUGGCCUUCUGCUGUGGCCUUGACUCUGGGGGGGUGGGGGGAACAAAAUGAACUCAAUGAAAUAUUUUAUUAAGUUAUAUCUGUCUGAACCUCCUGCCUGGGUGGGAGGGAGGGUAAUGAGACCCCCAAACUCUGAAAAUGCUACCCCCUGCCAUCCGGGGGCCUUGACAAAUGCAACUGCAGGCCUAGGACCCACCAGGUGCCCUCCUACCUCAGAGCCUUCCCCACAGCCAGGUUCAGAAGGAACCCCGAUCCGCAGGUGAGCCGUCUGCCCCAGUAAAGCAGGUAGGAAAAGCAUCGGGUUUGAAGCCUCUUUUAUUUGUGCCUCAGAAUCAGUCUGGUGCCCCUGGCAUCAGGGAAGUGGGGAGAGGAACAGUUUGUCUUUUCUUCCAUUCCUUGUGUGUCCCUUCUGAGUCUCAGGGCUGAACCAGGAAGGCCAGUCUGAGAGGACCCGGACAAGGGUGUGCAGUGGGUCUCUGCCCCUGGCGGGGUCUG